AUGCCCGUCAUCAACGAAUCGCACGACUCCCUCCCCUACAUCGACGCAGAGCCAUCAGCCCAAGCACGCGCCGCCGCACAGCACCUCAUCACCUCCGAACUCUCCCCAGAUCACGCCUCAACCCUCCACCCGGCAAUCCCCUCGCUCCCUACCCCACGCUUCACCCCGCUCAUGCAGCAGGAGCUCGACCGCAAAGCCGCCGGGCAGCCGCUAACGGGGGGGAUCGACCUGAUGCGGUACGAGGCGCCAGAGCCACCCGCGCAGGCAGGCGAGGGCGAGACGCCGGAUCUGGACGAGUGGCGACGCACGUUGCGCAAGGCGUACACGGCCAGCUCGCAUCUGUCGAUGCGGCACGAGAACCUGGCGCUGCUGGAGGAGUUUGGUAAGAACGCGUGGCUGGUGGGGAAUUCGCAGCUGGAGGAGAUCCUGCGCGGGCUGGAGAAGGAGCUGGCGGAGACGAAGGAGGCGGCGGAGGCGGUGAAUAAGCAGCGGAAGAGCGCGCAGGAGGCGAGUCGUGGGGAGAUGGUUGGGUUGGAGGAGACGUGGAAGCGCGGGGUGGGCGCGGUGCUGGAUGUGGAGUUAGUAUCGGAGGGAUUGCGGUUGCAGGUGCUGGAGAGGAGGCGGCAGCUUGCGCAGCAGCAGGCGCGGUAG